AUGGGGAUUCAAGGGUUACUUCAGUUCAUCAAAGAAGCUUCUGAACCCAUCAAUGUGAAGAAGUACAAAGGACAGGCAGUAGCUGUGGACACCUAUUGUUGGCUUCACAAAGGAGCUAUUGCUUGUGCUGAAAAGCUAGCUAAAGGGGAACCUACAGAUAGGUAUGUAGGAUUUUGUAUGAAGUUCGUUAAUAUGCUGCUGUCUUAUGGGGUCAAACCGAUUCUCGUAUUUGACGGUUGUACUCUACCUUCGAAGAAGGAAGUGGAGCGGUCUAGAAGAGAGAGACGUCAAAGCAACCUUCUUAAAGGGAAGCAGCUUCUUCGAGAGGGGAAGGUGUCAGAAGCCCGAGACUGCUUCACUCGCUCUGUCAACAUUACACAUGCCAUGGCCCACAAAGUAAUCAAAGCUGCUCGAGCUCUGGGCGUGGACUGCCUCGUGGCUCCGUACGAGGCUGAUGCUCAGCUGGCCUAUCUUAGCAAGGCUGGCCUUGUGCAAGCUGUCAUCACAGAGGACUCUGACCUCCUCGCAUUUGGCUGUAAGAAGGUGAUUUUAAAAAUGGAUCAGUUUGGAAAUGGAUUGGAAGUUGACCAGGCACGGCUAGGCAUGUGCAAGCAGCUUGGGGAUGUAUUCACGGAGGAGAAGUUCCGGUACAUGUGUAUUCUGUCAGGCUGUGACUACCUCGCUUCCCUUCGAGGGAUUGGCUUAGCAAAGGCCUGCAAAGUACUGAGACUGGCCAAUAACCCUGAUAUCGUAAAGGUUAUCAAGAAAAUUGGGCAUUAUCUCAAGAUGAAUAUAACGGUGCCAGAGGAUUACAUCGCAGGAUUUAUUCGCGCCAACAAUACUUUCCUCUACCAGCUAGUGUUCGACCCCAUCCAAAGGAAGCUCGUCCCUCUGAAUGCCUACGGAGAUGACGUCAAUCCUGAAACACUGUCUUAUGCUGGGCAGUAUGUCGAUGAUUCCAUAGCUCUUCAAAUAGCACUUGGAAAUAGAGAUAUAAAUACUUUUGAGCAGAUUGAUGACUACAGUCCAGACACUAUGCCAGCCUACUCAAGAAGCCAUAGCUGGGAUGACAAAGCACAUCAGAAGUCACCUGUUGCCAAUAGCAUUUGGCACAAGAAUUAUUGUCCUAGACUUGAGGUGAAUAGUGUUUCCCAUGCUCCUCAGUUGAAGGAAAAUCCAACUACUGUGGGCCUUAAACAAGUGAUUAGUACUAAAGGGUUAAACCUUACGAGGAAGUCUUGCGUGUUGAAGAGACCAAGAAAUGAAGCGCUGUGUGAAGAUGACCUGCUGAGCCAGUAUUCAUCAUUUACAAAGAAGAUCAAGGAAAAUGGCUGUGGGGAUGGCACAUCGCCUAACUCUUCUGAAAUGUCCGUGCCCUGCCCUGAUGCUGGGACUGCUCACAAGACAGAUGCACACACCCCGUCUAAGACGAGGAAUAAAUUCUCAACGUUCUUACAGAGGAGGAAUGAAGAAAGUGGUGCAGUCAUAGUUCCAGGGACCAGAAGCAGGUUUUUUUGCAGUUCUCCAGAUUUUGACAACUUCAUACCAAAAAAAGGCAGCAGCCAGCCUCUAAAUGAAGCUGUUGCCACUGGCAAAGCCACCACCAGCCUCCUCGUGGCAUUGGACUGUUCAGACACAGAAGGCCAGAAGCCGGUCGGCACAGAUGGAAUGCACAGUCCAAAUCCUCAGAUUCCAGGCUAUGUAACUGUGUCUCCUGAGGAUGAGGCUCAGUCUUCUGAGACCAGCAAAUCCCUGGGGACACUAAGAAGUUGUUUCAGUUGGUCUGGUACUCUCGGGGUGUUUUCAAGAACUCCAAGUCCCUCAACAAGCACUACACUGCAACAGUUCCGGAGAAAGAGUGAGCCCCCCACCUGUCUUCCUGAGGCCUGUGCUGUCACUGACACAUGUGAUUCAGAGCGUGAGAUGUCAGGUGAUAAGUCUCAACCCUUGCAUGAGCUGGGCUGCUCCUCAUUGUCUCAGGAAAGCAUAGACUCCACAUGCAGCUUAAAUGCGUCCAGUCUCUCCCAGCCUUCCAGUAAGGAUUCAGAUUCAGAGGAAUCGGAUUGUAACAAUAAAUCACUUGAUAACCAAGGAAAUCAAAACUCCAAGCAACACUUACCUCACUUUUCAAAGAGAGACAUGCUUGAACAGAACAAGGUUCCUGGGCUCUGUAGGUCUAGUUCUAUGGACUCUUUUUCUACAACCAAGAUCAAGCCCCUGGUGCCUGCCAGAGUCAGUGGCCUGAGCAAGAAGCAAGGAAGCAUCCAGAAGAGAAAACACCAUGAUGCCGAGAACAAGCCAGGACUGCAGAUAAAGAUCAGUGAGCUCUGGAAAAACUUUGGGUUUAAAAAAGAUUCUGAAAAGCUUCCUUCUUGUAAGAAGCCCCUGUCUCCAGUCAAGGACAAUAUCCAGCUCACUCCAGAGACAGAAGAUGAGAUCUUUAACAAGCCUGAGUGUGUACGUGCUCAGAGAGCAAUAUUUCCCUAAGUGCAGGCUGCUGCGUACAGGAUAAAUCUUAUCAACUGGAGAGAUGUAUUAUU